AUGUCGCCGCUGCGGGCGCUCAUCCUGGCUCCCACGCGCGAGCUGGCACUGCAAGUGUGCGAGCACUUGCAGGCGGUGGGUAAGGGCUGCGGCAUCUGGGUGGUUCCCAUCGUGGGCGGCAUCAGCGCCCUCAAGCAGGAGCGGCUGCUGGCCAAGCACCCAGAGGUGGUGGUGGCCACCCCUGGCCGGCUGUUGGACCUGAUGAGGGCGGGCCACGCCCACCUCACCCACCUCUCCCGCCUCUCCUUCCUGGUCAUCGACGAAGCAGACCGGAUGGUGCAGCAGGGGCACUACGGCGAGCUGAGCAGCAUCCUGGGGGCCAUACCGCGGCGGCAGCAGCAGGCGCGCUUGCAGACCUUUGUCUUCUCCGCCACCCUCACGCUGCCGGCCAGCCUGCGCAGGCGCCUGCGCAAGGGCGGCGGCGGCGCCAGCGGCAGCAGCGACCUGGACAGCCUGAUGGACAAGAUCCCCUUCAGGGGCAAGCCGAAGAUUGUCGACCUCACCUCGCAGCGCAGGCUGGCAGACAAGGUGGAAGAAGCGUACCUGGCCUGCGGGGAGGACGAGCGGGACGAGUAUCUGUACUGCCUGCUCACCAAGCACCCAGGCCGUACCAUCGUGUUUGUGAACGCCAUCAGCUCUGUGCGCCGCCUGGGAGCCAUCCUGAAGCUGCUGGGAGUGAAGGCGCUGCCGCUGCACGCGGGCAUGCAGCAGCGGCAGCGCCUGCGGGCCCUGGACCGCUUCAAGGCCGACCCCACCGCCGUGCUGGUGGCCACCGAUGUUGCGGCGAGAGGUCUGGAUGUGAAGGACGUGCGCUGCGUCAUCCACUACCAGCUGCCCGCCUCUGUGGACGUCUACGUGCACCGCUCGGGGCGCACGGCGCGGGCGGAGGCGGAGGGGGUGGCCGUGGCGCUGGUCACCCCCAAGGAGAACGCACGCUUCCUGGCGCUGCUGCGCGCCAUGAACCGCGGGGAGCCGCCGGAGUUCCCGCUGGACACGUCGCUGCUGCCUGCGGUGCGCCGCCGCGUGCGCCUGGCAGUGCGCCUCGACGCGCUGGAGCGGCGGCAGAGCAAGGACAAGGCGGAGCGGUCGUGGCGGCAGCAGCACGCGGAGCAGCUGGGCAUCGAGCUGUCAGAGGAGGAGUCGGAGGGUGAGCGAGAGUUCCCGGCUGUGUGUGUGUGUGUAUCUGUUGUGUGUUGUGUGUUGUGUGUUGUGUGUUGGAUGUUGUGUCUGUUGUCUGGUGCGCGCGUGCGCGUGUGUGUGUGUGUGUGCGCGCGCGCGCGCGCGCGCGUCGGGGUUUCCUUGGUUGUGCUUGAGAGGUUGGGGUUGGCGGGAUGCUUGAAGAGGAGGAGGCGAAGGAGGUUUGCGCGUUUUGGCGCAUGA